GAGAGGGAGGAGUGCGCAAAUAGGCACAGCAGCAGCAGCGGCGGCAGCAGCGUCAAUGCAUCUGUGAGUCUUCGAAUCCACUGUCUUGACCUGCCAAUCCUCAGUACGUUUCAGAUUGAGAUUUCACAGCGCGAGAUCUCGCUAUCAACCGACACACUUUCCGGAGCUCAGCGUUCAUUCUUAGUUCGUCUGUAAGAGAUUAUUCUCACGGCCCAUUCUAUUUAUCCCAGUUUCUUGAAUAUUUUAUGGAAAAUGGCGAUCUGCGCUCAGUCCUACGGUAUUUUCUGUAUGUUCUCAAUCCAAACUAUCCUCAUCAUUAGCGUCUCUUCGCCUGCAACGGGGAGCCUCCGCUUCCCCCAGCACUACACAAUGAUGCAUUGGGCAGGCCGCAUUGAGAAGGAGCUGGAGAAGACUCUGCAACUGGUCACUGGAGCCCAGCAGAUGAAAGGGAUUUACAAUGAGAAGAAGAGCCAGUUUGACAUCAAGAGGAACAAUCCCAAGGACCUGGUGGAGAGGGUGGCACGAGACAUCGCCAAGCUGCUCACUAGCAAAAGGAGAGCCCUGGAGAGACUAGCCAGAGAGGCGGAGCAGCUGCAGACAAUGUAUCCCUGGCAGGACGGGAUCAAGGAGAGCGACAUGGAGUACUAUGAUUCGAAAGCGGAAUCAGACUAUACGGAGGAUGAAGAUGGGGAAGAGAACCUGAUGGAGAACCCCUACUCCGUGAAGCUGGAGUUUGUGGACGAUCCCAACUUUAAAAACAAAGUGAACUACUCCUACAGUGCCGUCCAGAUCCCUACAGACAUCUAUAAGGGCUCCCCAGUCAUCCUGAAUGAGCUGAACUGGACUCAGGCUCUGGAGAGGGUGUUUAUUGAUACCCGCCGGGAGGACAGCUCCCUGCGCUGGCAGGUGUUCGGCAGCUCGACGGGGGUCACAAGAUACUACCCAGCCACUCCUUGGAGAGCACCCAAUAAGAUUGACCUGUAUGACGUGCGCAGACGACCAUGUGUCGGCGGCGACGGUGCUGGUUGGCUGACCUGCUUGUGUUCUGUCCUGGGGGUUCAGAAAGGUUUCAGGAGAGUGAGGCCCCGGUUGUGUUUGAAGCUGCGAUUCAGGGCCACGUCGGUGCUGAGGGACAGCAGUGGAACAGAGGUCAGGGUCACUGUGCAGGUUGAACGGUAUGGCUCUAAUGCUCUGGUGGUUGUGCUCUGUUGUGUCUGUAGGAGUGGGAGUGUCAGUGGACUCACUCUGAAGCUGAUGAAGUCCUCUGUGAUACAGAUGCUAGACACUCUGUCAGAUGAUGACUAUGUGAAUGUAGCCAGGUUUAACGAGAAGGCAGAUGCCGUGGUCCCCUGCUUUAAGACCUUGGUCCAGGCCACCAUGAGAAACAAGAAGAUCUUCAAGGAGUCCAUCAUGAACAUGCAAGCCAAAGGAACCACUGACUACAAGUCUGGCUUCCAGUUCGCCUUCGAACAGCUACUCAAUGAUACCGGCGCCCCGAGGGCGGGCUGCAAUAAGAUGAUAAUGAUGUUUACAGAUGGAGGAGAGGAUCGUGCCCAGGACAUUUUUGAGAAGUACAACUGGCCCAACAAAGAGUACCUGGAUGUGCUGGGUCGGCCCAUGGUGCUGGCUGGGCCCAAGGCCAAGCUGGUCCAAUGGACCAACGUCUACCAGGAUGCUCUGGGUCUGGGUCUGGUUAUCACUGGGACCAUGCCGGUCUUCAACCUCACCGCUGAUGCAAACUCUCAGACUCAGCUCGUCCUUGGUGUCAUGGGAGUGGAUGUUGCGAUCAACGAAAUUAAGAGGAAGACACCAACAUAUAGGCUUGGAGCCAAUGGAUACACGUAUGCAAUCGACAAAAAUGGCUAUUUGCUCCUGCACCCCAACUUGCAACCUAAGAUCAUUAACUUCAGAGAGCCUGUCACUCUGGACUUCCUGGAUGCUGAGCUGGAGGACAGUAAGAAGGAGGAGAUCCGUCGUGACAUGAUUGAUGGAAAAUCAGGGCAAAGGAAAAUCACGACCCUCAUUAAGUCAGUUGAUGAGAGGUACAUUGAUGAGGCUAUGCGGACAUACACCUGGACACCGGUGGAAGGCACAGAUUACAGUCUCGGGCUGGUACUGCCCACGUACAGUGAGAACCACAUCAAGGCUAACCUGAGUGACCAGAUCCUGCAGGUGCAGUAUUUUGAAUCUCUGCUGCCAAACAGUUUUGAGUCUGAAGGACAUGUAUUCAUAGCUCCCAGGGAAUACUGCAAUGAGCUGGAGCUCUCCAACAACAACACUGACUUCCUGCUCAACUUCAUCGCUCUCAUGGAGAAGGUGACUCCUGACUCCAAACAAUGUGACAACCUGCUCCUUCACAACCUCAUCCUGGACACUGGCAUCAUCAGACAGCUGGUGGAGAAGGUGUGGAAGACCAAAGACCUCAACACAUAUGGCUUUUUGGCCGUGUUUGCUGCCACAGAUGGAGGGAUUACAAGAGUUUUUCCCAACAAGGCUGCUGAGACCUGGGAGGAGGACCCUGAGCCUUUUAACGCCAGCUAUUACCGCCGUAGUCUGGACAACAAGGGCUACAUCUUCAGAGCGCCUUAUCGUACCUUGAAUGAUGAGCUGCUGAACCCAGAGAACGACACCAUAGGGAUCCUGGUCAGCACUGCAGUGGAGAUCACAGUGGGAGGGAAGACAAUCAAACCUGCAGUGGUUGGAGUAAAGCUGGAUCUUGAGGCCUGGGUGGACAAAUUCAAGAUCCUGGCUAGCAACCAAACAAGUCCAACAAGUGACAACCGCCAAGUCCAACAAACGUGUGGACCAACCAGUGGCUGUGAGAUGGACUGUGACGCCAACAGCGAAGACCUGCUGUGUUACCUGGUGGAUGAUGGUGGUUUCCUGAUCAUGUCCAAUCAGAAGGACUACUGGAACAAGAUUGGCAUGUUCUUCAGUGAGGUGGACCCCUACCUGAUGCAUGCUCUCUACAACAACUCCUUUUACAACCGGAAGCAGUCCUUUGACUACCAGUCUGUGUGUGACCCGGUGCCGAGCAGCAACACCGGGGCUGCACCAAGAGGAGUCUUUGUGCCCACCAUUGCAGACUUUGUGAACCUGGCCUGGUGGACAUCAGCAGCUGCCUGGUCCCUAUUUCAGCAGCUGCUCUGUGGAAUGGCUUACCACAGUUGGUUUGUCACAGAUGAGGUGGAGGCAGAGGGGAUGGACUCCAGAGAGACCAGCUGUGUGACGAUACAGACUCAGUUCUACUUCACCAACAUCAACAGUUCCUAUGACAUCCUGCAGGACUGUGGCAACUGCUCCAGGCUGAUCCAUGCCAAGAGGUUAAACAACACCAACCUGCUGUUUGUGGUAGCAGAGAAGAUGCCCUGCAACACCUGCGAGGUGGAGAAACUGUCCCAGGCGGAGACAGAGUUCAAGGACGAUAACCCAUCAUGUGAGGAUAUGAGUGCAGCGAGGUAUCGAAAAGGGCCAACUGUGUGCUACGACUACAAUCUCGCUGAGAACACAUCUGACUGCGGGCGCGGCCACUCCUUCCGCCCCUCCUUCCAGACCCUGCUCACGAUUCAGCUCAUCCUGCUCUAUCCAAUCGCCAGCACCCAUAUUCUGCCCCUCCUACUUUAAUUUUCCUCUUGUCUGCUCCCACCAGCUAUGUCCAUCCUAAAGCCCCCGCCCUCUCCCCUCUAUGCCCCGCCCCUGCUCUAGUCGUAGGUAAUAAUGGGACUUUCUGCCACCUGCAACUCGGAAGCCCUGAGUACCGCACUACUGUACCCAGCUAGCUUCUAUUGUUGUCUCUUAGUGACGGUUGCAGGACCUUUAUGUCCUCAGCGAGUUACCUACCGUCAUCCAUUUGAAGAUAUUUUGGUGGUGUUCCAACCACUACAAUCACCAGAGGCUGUCAGAAUAGAAAAGGUCCCACCCACAUCAACAGGACAAGUGAGAAGUGAGAAGUGAAAAGACAAGUUGGAUGCCGUGUCACAGAGCUCCAGCCGUCAUGGAUACAGCAGAGUUUAGGUUGUCUGUUUCCGCCUCUGUUAGUCAGACGGGAUGAGGAGACAUUGCCUCCAUCGCUCUCAUUCAUCUCUGGUCUGCUCAGAGUCUCACCACUCUGUCAUGUGUCUCUCAUAGGGGGCUACUGUGCGUACCAUUCAGCCAUUUAUAGUUACUGUAACAAGAAAAUUAAGGUGAGAAAAUAGCUUUCAAGUAUACAAAAACAUACAAUUAUAAACUGUUGAAGUGAUGAGUAUUCAAACCAUAUAUUAGAGUAUUAUUUGCAAUGGAAGUUGUUAGGUGUUACAUGAAUUUAUUUAUGCACUAUAUCUACUUCUUGCCAAGAUGAGAUAGACUUUUCAUGUGGUCUUAUUUGUAUAGCCAAAUUAGUGAGCGGAAAAAGAAAAAGGCAGAAACGGAAGCUGCAGAAAUAGUGGUAGAAAUAACUGAGAUUUUAACUGACAGUGGCUGAAUACCGAUUCUUCUUGUGGGUCCUCUACUGUUCUUCACUUGAAGUUAGAACUUUUUCUGCCCCUGGAAGCACGGCACUGUAUAUAUAAUCAUUGUAACAAAUGGUAAUAUGGAACUAUUCUAUCAAAUAGUAGUCUUACAAAGAAUUACAUCUGACGUCUUUGGUCAUCCUAGUUGACUAAUAUUAGGUAAUGAAUAGGUAAUUAUGUGUCCGAAUCAGACAAAGCAACUUCUAACUUUUCCCUUGCAAAAUAAAAAGGAAUACUUGCCUACUCCUAUUUAUUAGGGAUCGGUAUUUAGCCUCUGAAAAGUCUGACCGUUUCGGCUUCAUUGCUGUAGGUGGUGUAUAAUACAGUACUAUCCUUUCUGAUCAAUGGACAUUCUGACAUCUUCUACAGAUGGAUGAUGUAGGACCCCAGUGACAGCUAACCCCUCUGCCAAUCCUCAUACAGCCGCUCCACCAUGUCCGCUAAUGUUCCUAGGACUGUAUUUGUAUGCGCUUAUAACCUGUUGCCACCACAACAGAUAAACAAAUAUCUAUUCCGACUGGCCUAUAAGCAUCUCAUUUUAGAUGCGGGUGGGUUUUGGCAGACCUUAGCUUGUAUUACCUUUGACAGAUGCUGUAUAACUUCAGACCAUUUGCUGCUGGGAGAUUGGGGCUUAACAUUUCUCGUAUAAAGAAAUACAGCAAAGGCCAGUACUACUUAUGGUGACGACUGAACUGCAGUCAGGGUGUGUAAUCCAUGUCAUUCUGAUCAAUUUGAAGUGAAAUGUCAUUAAACUCCCAUGUUUAGGAGCCACUCUCUGUUGUCAUAGUGCCUUGGUGCACUGUUUUGGAAAGCAUUGGCUAUAGAGCUACUGUGCAGUACCUUUAUAGAACAGCCACCCUAAUGGCCGUGGAGCUACAAGAUUUUUAUAGAGCCAGUCUAUUGGCUAUCUAUCUACAGUAGCUUUAUACACCAUAUUGACUAGGAGGAUAUUGUAUGUUAAUGUCCAAAUUGGCUGUGGCUAUUAGCUGAUGUACCGUACCAGGGCUUACUGAUUGCCACCAUAUAACGUUGCUGUACAGUACCUUUACAGGGCCAUCUAUAAAGCUACACUAUCAGUAUAAAGCGACUUAACUGGCCACAGAUCUACCUUUACAGAGCCACCUGACUGCUAUCGUUGCAUUUCUGCCUGAACCAUAUGUGCGUUUGUGUUUGUGUAUGGGUGUAUGUUUGUGUUAACCCUCAAAGGGAAUGUCUUUAAAACUGAGAGGAUGAGGAAUGACACUUGUUGUAGCGUAGCUGUUUGUUGUUCCAAUUCCAACGAGGAAGAAGUGUUAUAUCAGACGUAAAUAUGGAGAUAAAAAUGAUCCAAUCCA